GGUGACCGAUUAUAGGGCAGCCCACUGUCAUCCUGUUCCAAUUUACAACUGUACUUAACCAUUAACGAAUUCACGGGUCACCCACCCUUUUUCUUUUCUCGGUCGACCAGUCGAUUGCCGGCGAGUUCAAAACCCGUCGCCUCAAAAUUUUCGGCGUUAAUCUUCAUCAAGGCAAGAAGCAUCAUAAGUGAUCUCUUUGAAGCCGGUUAAGUAGCUAGCCAUGUCUUUCGAUGGUUUCCCUCCAUUCAUUUCAGCUCAGCUCCAUUAUCUUAUCAAUCACUUCCCCGAAAAAAUCAAGAUGAUCUUAUAUGGAAAGUUUGUUUACAUUGAUACAGGGGAUAUUAUUUACAAUGCGGAGUUCCCAUUGGCUCCGCCGGAUAUUAUAUUUGGACCUGAAGAUGAGGAUUUUCACCCAUUACACAUGACUGGCAGUGUGGGAGAGGGGGACUUGAAGUUUGGGAACAUUUUGUGUGAUUGGAACCAUAAAGACCCAACAAGGCUGCUAGCUUUAAUUCAGGAAUUGAGGGACCAAUAUAUGGCCUACCAGAAGAAACGUGUUGGAGAAGUGGAUGAUGAUAGGUUGACGUUUGAGAUUAGCACUAUUUGUUCACGAGAGGGAAUUGAAAUGCAAAUUAGUUCAGGUGCUGAAAAGCCAGAAGAGGUCAAAUUUGCAGUGCCUCUCAUGGAUAUGAACAUAAACAAGAUGGUGCAUGGGUGCCCCUGGAGACAUCCACAAAAGAUAUACUUACAGGUAAUAUAUCCUGUAGGAAAGAAGUAUGCAUCUACCCCUUCACCACCUCGUCUGAAAUUGAUGUCAACUACUGAGCUGGGAGCUCUGUUUACUAUAGAAGACGUCAAGCUUCCUUCGUGGUUGGAUGGAAUGUGCAUGGCCGAGUAUCUUCCUCAUCUAGAAGAAUCUCUUCAGAAACAGGUCGUGGAAUCUGUUUCAUUAAUUGAUAUAAGAAGACGCUUUAUAGAGUCAUUAACUCCAUUGCUUGGAAGACCUUUGGAAGCUGAUCCGGUCUUUUGCAGGAAGGCCACAUUUCUUGCUUCUUCUGGAUCCUUUGUUUUCCUGGUACAUUUUCUUAUUUCAACUCAGUUUCCUAAGCAGCAGCCAGCUGUGAUGCUCCAAAGUUCUCAGCAUAUAUCACCGCAAGGAAUACCAAAAAAGUCACCCCUUCUAUCAGAAUAUCCAUGGAGUCCAAGAUGGGAGGCAUCACAAAUGGCUGAGCGGAUAUUCGACUUCUUGGCGGACGAGUCUUUAAACUUCAAAAGGUUCUGUAAUGAGUCUCAACCUCAACACUAGAACGACAUGAAGAUGCUGAAGUUUCAUAUGGAUUAUGUUUUAUUCAUCCAAGUGUGUAAAAAGUGCUUAAUGAAAUAUUUGGUAGUUUUAUUUCCUACAAUUUCGGAAAUGGUGUUUAAUUUAUAGAAAGGAAAUGCUAAGC